AUGGAUAGGAGUUGGAUAACAAUUAAAGAUUAUUUGCAUCCUAGAUAUUUGGUAGGAGUGAAAGAAUUCGUUGAGUUUGCUUAUUUAGGCAAGGAUCCCACAUAUAAGCUCCCUUGUCCAUGUAAAGGGUGCAACAACUUUGAGGAUCAAACUAUGGAGAUCAUGAAAAGUCAUUUGUGUGGGGGAAUUGUUGAGAGCUAUACUAGGUGGGUAUAUCAUGGUGAAAGGUUUGAGGAUUCUAAUGAUGAUGAAAAUGAUAACAUAGUUUUAGAUGAAGAAAACAGUGAGUCAGAUGAUAUUCAAGAAAUGUUAAAUGAUGUUGGUACUGCAAACUUUGGUGAGAAUUGGAGAAAUUCGGGGGAACAUAAUAGGGAUAUUCCAAAUAAGCAAGAGGGGGAAGCAAGUAAGUUUCUUAGAUUAUCAUCCAAAGCUGAAAAAAGUCUCUACCCGGCUUGUGAUAAGUACUCAAAACUUUCCUUUGUUGUCCAUAUCCUUCAUUUGAAAACUAUGAAUCGGUGGACUUGCAAAUCCAUCGAUAUGCUGCUGAAAUUCCUCAUUCAAGUCUUUCCCAUGGCAUCAAUUCCUAGCUCAUACUAUGAUGCAAAAAAAUUAAUUCGUGAGCUAGGACUCAAGUGUGAAAACAUACAUGCAUGUGAAAAUGAUUGUGCACUUUAUUCGAAAGAAAAUGAAAGCCUCGAUCACUGCCCAAAUGAAAAAUGUAAAGCGCCUCGUUAUAAAUCCCCGGGUUCUAAAAUUCCUAGAAAAGUGCUUCGCUAUUUCCCCUUAAAAUCAAGGUUGCAAAGACUAUUCAUAAACAAGGAGAUAGCUCAAGAUAUGAGGUGGCAUAAAGAGAGACACGUUCCCAAGGAAAACACAAUGACACACCCUACUGACUCAAUAGCUUGGAAGGAGUUUGAUAACACUCACCCAUCUUUUGCCAAAGAUCCUCGUAGUGUUAGGUUGGGACUUUCAACUGAUGGUUUCAAUCCCUAUGGAAACAUGAAUAAUGCAUAUAGUAUAUGGCCUGUAAUCCUUGUUCCUUACAAUCUACCACCUUGGAAAUGCUUAAAGGACCUUUUUUUCCUGUUAUCAAUGAUUAUUCCAAGUCCUAAGUGCAUAGGAAAUGAUAUGGAUAUAUUUUUUAGGCCUCUAAUUGAUGAGUUGAAAGAGUUUUUUGACACUGACUUUGAGACUUAUGAUGUAGUCGUGGGAGAAAAAUUUAUGUUACGGGCUACUCUAUUGUGGACUAUAAGUGAUUUUCCAGCAUAUGCCUAUUUGUCAGGGUGGAGUACGAAAGGUUAUAAGGCCUGUCCUGUUUGUUUAGAUGAGACAACUAGUGUAUAUCUGAGAAAUGGAUUAAAAUGUUGCUAUAUAGGGCACCGGCGAUUUUUGCCAGGUGACCAUAAAUGGCGUCAAGAAAGAAAGUCAUUUGAUGGCAAGAGAGACCUUAGACAGCCUGUUAGAACUUUAUCCGGUGAAGAAAUCUUGCAACAACUUCAAGAGUUUGAUCAAAUGGAGUUUGGCAAGGCACCUGAAUUGCUUAAAGACAAGAAAAGAAAACGCAUGCAAAAUCAGUCAAAUUGGUUGAAGAAAAGCUUUUUUUUUUGA